CACACUGUUGCUUCUUCACACAAUUAAUUCACAUCAUCAUCACUCACUCUAACAACCUUAAGUUCCUCUACUGUUUCUGCUACUACCUGUGAGUUUUGAGAAGUCUUCAUCAAUCAGAUUCUUCAAAAUGUUUCAGAACAUGGUGAGCGCCUUCACCGGCGGAGAUGGCAACAAGCGGCGGCAAGUGAAAGGGACGGUGGUGCUGAUGAAGAAGAAUGUGCUGGACUUCAAUGAUUUCAGUGCUUCACUUCUUGAUCGUCUUCAUGAGUUUCUGGGUAAACGUGUUUCUCUUCAGCUCAUAAGUGCUGUCAACGCUGACCCUGCAGGGAAUGGAUUGAAGGGGAAACUUGGGAAACCUGCUUAUCUAGAAGACUGGAUCACCACAAUCACACCUUUGACUGUUGGAGAAUCAGCAUUCAAGGUCACAUUUGAUUGGGAUGAUGAGGAGAUAGGAACACCAGGAGCAUUUUUAAUAAGGAAUCAUCAUCACAGUGAGUUCUACCUCAAAAGUCUCACACUUGAAGAUGUGCCAGGUCAAGGUGUCAUUCGUUUUAUCUGCAACUCUUGGGUAUACCCUGCAGAUAAAUAUGAAAAAGAUCGCAUUUUCUUCUCCAACAAGACAUACCUUCCUGGUGAAACACCAGGGCCACUACUUAAGUACAGAGAAGAAGAAUUGGAGACUUUAAGAGGAGAUGGAAAAGGCCAGCUUCAAGAGUGGGACAGGGUCUAUGACUAUGCAUUCUACAAUGAUUUGGGAAGUCCAGAUAAGGGUCCACAACAUGCUCGUCCUGUUCUUGGAGGGUCUAGCAAAUACCCCUACCCUCGCAGGGGAAGAACUGGGAGACCACCUACAAAAUCAGAUCCUAAUUCUGAGAGCAGGCUGAAUCUCGCAUUGAGCUUAGACAUCUAUGUUCCAAGGGAUGAAAGAUUCGGUCACUUGAAACUGGCAGAUUUUCUUGCUUAUGCACUAAAAUCCAUAGUUCAAGUUCUCAAACCUGAGCUGGAGUCUCUAUCUGAUAGCACCCCCAAUGAGUUUGACAGCUUUGAAGAUGUACUCAAACUAUAUGAAGGUGGGAUUGAGGUGCCUGAGGGUCUACUUAGGGAUGUUAGGGAUAACAUUCCUGGGGAGAUGCUCAAGGAAAUUUUCCGAACCGAUGGGGAAAGGUUCCUCAAAUUUCCCAUGCCUCAAGUGAUUGCAGUGGAUAAAUCUGCAUGGAUAACAGAUGAAGAAUUUACAAGGGAGAUGUUGGCUGGUAUAAACCCUGUCAUAAUAAGUAGCCUCCAGGAGUUCCCACCAGCUAGCAAGCUAGAUCAUAAAGUCUAUGGUGAUCAUGGCAGUAAAAUAGCCAAAGAAGACAUCGAAAAUAACUUAGAUGGGCUCACUGUAGAUGAGGCAAUUAGAGAGAAGAAGUUGUUCAUAUUAGAUCACCAUGAUACAGUGAUGCCAUACUUGAGGAGGAUAAACUCCACUUCUACAAAGACAUAUGCUAGCAGGACAGUUAUGUUCUUGCAAAACAAUGGGACUUUAAAGCCGCUAGCCAUUGAGUUGAGUUUGCCACAUCCUGAGGGAGAUCAACAUGGUGCCAUUAGUAAAGUUUGUGUGCCUGCAGAACAAGGUGUUGAAAAUUCCAUCUGGCAACUAGCCAAAGCUUAUGUAGCGGUAGUCGACUCGGGCUAUCAUCAACUUAUCAGCCACUGGUUGCAUACUCAUGCAGUAAUUGAGCCAUUCAUUAUAGCUUCAAAUAGGCAGCUCAGUGUGCUUCACCCUAUUCAUAAGCUAUUGCAUCCUCACUUUCGUGACACCAUGAACAUAAAUGGACUUGCGCGACAGAUCUUAAUCAAUGCAGGUGGUGCUCUAGAGUCAACAGUCUGUCCAAAUAAGUAUUCUAUGGAGUUUUCUUCAUUCCAUUAUAAGGAUUGGGUUUUCCCUGAGCAAGCACUGCCUGAAGAUCUUGUUAAGAGAGGAAUGGCUGUUGAGGACUCAACUUCGCCAUAUGGCCUUCGGUUAUUAAUUGAGGAUUAUCCCUACGCGGUUGAUGGAUUGGAGAUUUGGUUUGCCAUCAAGACAUGGGUACAAGACUUUUGUUCCUUUUACUACAAGGAUGAUGACUCUGUAAAGAAAGACUCAGAACUCCAAUCUUGGUGGAAGGAAAUAAAGGAAGUAGGACAUGGUGACAAGAAAGAUGAGCCUUGGUGGCCAAAGAUGCAGUCACGCGAAGAGUUGAUUGAAACGUGCACUAUUAUCAUAUGGAUUGCUUCAGCUCUCCAUGCUGCAAUAAACUUUGGACAGUAUCCAUUUGGAGGCUACCCGCCAAAUCGUCCAUCGAUAAGCCGGAGAUUCAUCCCAGAAAUAGGAACUCCUGAGUACAAUGAACUGGUGGAAAAUCCUGAGAAGGCUUUUCUGAAAACAGUUACUUCACAGUUUCAGGCUGUUCUUGGCAUUUCACUUGUGGAAAUCUUGUCCAGACAUUCUACUGAUGAGGUCUACCUUGGGCAGAGAGACACCCAACAUUGGACAUCUGAUGCUGAGGCAUUGGAAGCCUUUGAAAAGUUUGGAAGUAAACUUGCUGGUAUUGAGGAAAGGAUCUUGAAAAGGAAUAAUGAUGAGAAACUCAGGAACAGGUUUGGUCCAGUUAAGAUGCCAUACACAUUGCUUUAUCCUACAAGUGAAGGUGGAAUAACUGGCAUGGGGAUUCCUAACAGUGUCUCAAUUUAAAAGGGCUGUAGGGUCAUGUCUUUAGUUUCUAUUAAUAAUAGUCUAAUAGUUUGAAUUAGCUUCUCUAUUCUUGAUAAUCAAUUAUGAUACUCAAAAACUAUUCACAUACUCCAUAAUUGAUUUGGUUAUAGAAUUAAUUGCAGAAGUAUUUCCAAAUACGCAUUAUGAGAACUUGUUUAGAUUGAA